AUGACCAACGAAAUCUUCGACGCUUUCAGUGUUCCCUCGAUAUCUAGCACGCCGGUCGAUGACCAUGACGACCACGACCUCGUUCACGACGAGCAGUUCUACUUCCGUAUCGUGGUCUUCCGUGCGGGGAAGUCGCUUUUCAAGGUGCCGACAUACAGCUUCCCGGCAGACGAAGGUCUCUUUGCAUCGAUGUUCCUUCUUCCCAGGGGGAAUGGGGAACCUGAGGGAUCGAGCGACGAUAACCCCAUCCGCCUUCCUUCAGAGGUAUCAGCCACUGACUUCAAAAGUCUGUUGAAGGCUUGUCUCCCGCAACCGGUGGCCCGCACUCCGCCGAAGCUUACAGUCGAUGAGUGGAUGUCGGUGCUCAAGCUCUCGACGAUGUGGUGUCUCGACGACCUGCGCGCUAAAUCCGUGAGCGAGGCCGAUGCCGGCGUGGCGGAGCUCGGCCCCAUUGAGAAGCUUGUGCUCGCAAAGCGCUACAACGUCUCGCGUUGGUUCAUCGAGGCCAUGGAAGCCCUCGGGAAGCGUGACGCCUUCAUCUUUGCGGAGGAGCGUGACAAGAUCGGCAUGACCAUGAGUUUCGCGCUGCUUGAGUUGCGCGAGCGUAGCUGGUCUUGGGGCGACUCGCAAAACAUCGACUCGAACCAUCAGCCGGGACAGCGACUGAACUUCGACUUCCAGUCCGCCAUACAUGAGAUUUUCAGGGAGGAUCUGGUUCUUGACAAGGACUAUACUGUGCCUUCACCUCCGCCUGCCGAAGAGCCCGGAAAUGACUCAGAAUCUUGA